UCAGAAUAGUUGUAAUGUAAACUCACACUAAUAAUUUAAGAAUGUCCCACAUGGACAACCUCUUGUUUCUGCUCAGGAUAAUGUAGGCACACAUAAAUUAUUCAAAAAUGUCCCACAUUUUGAUUCUUACUAGGGAAGUUUCUCAUAAAUAACAAUGUGUUUUAAGAAUGACCGAGGCUAAAAUAUUUUAAUAGUCUAAAAGCUUCUUUGGCACAAUUUAAGAAUCAAAACAAACCUAUAAAUAGCCUCAUUUCAUCACUUUCUCUACUUAAAAGGAUCACCUAAAUAUCUUCUCAAUCCUCUCUCAAUAUCUUGUUGCAAGUUGUUUGUUUUCAAGAUUCUUUUUUUAGUUUAAUCUUCUGGUAUUCAAGAUUCACUGGACUGAGUAAUCUGAAUUCGCACUAGGGUUGUCCAUUGGGAUAAAAUACUCCCUAGCAAAAGUUUAUUUAUUCUGAAGAUCGAACUCAAGACCUCUGAUUAAGACUAUCAAGUCCUUUUUUCAAAUGUUGCAACUAUGUUGAGUUCCACAUUUGAGUUGAUCUCUGUAGCUUCUUCCAAUUCUCACUUUAUCUUUUGUUUCUGCAAUUUUCUCAUAGCCAUUCUCCUACUUAGUGGCUUCCAAUCUAGUUCAGAAGAUCACACCACCAAUCUUGAUCAUGACAUGUCCAAGAGAAAAGAAGCACAAAGUACUCCUAAGGCUAAACAAUUUCACAAAGGUAUGCAUGUUGAUUAUGAAAUUAGAAAUAUGGGCACACGUGUCACAUCAGAAGAAAUGCAUAUGUUUUCCACAUCGAGUGACACAUCAACCGUAGAAGUUCUCCGGGAUAUAAACCAAGACAACAAAAGUGGAGCAUACAUCGAUACUGCUCAUUUUCAAUAUCACGAGUCUGCUAAACAAUCUCAUCGUCAAGACAUAAGUUUCAAGCGCGAAAAUGUAGGAGGGGCGAGUGCUAAUAGUACAAUUGAUAGAAAAAUGUAUUUAGCAAAAACAAGAAAGGAAACAAAUGGCAACAAUUUUGAGAAGAGUGAUGAGAAAGAAGAGGAUGAAUUGAGGAGAAGGAUUGAAGAUUUCAUUGAGAAGAUGAAUAGGGGUUGGAGGGCAGAAAAAUUGGGAAUAUGUUAUCAAAAAUCCAUCACAAUUAUGAGUUAUCCUGUUUGUGUUUCUGAAACAAUGUUGAGUUCAACAUUUGAGUUGCUCAAUCAGGCCAAUUCCAAUUCUUUUGUUGCCUUCCUUUUCUGCAAUUUGAUAAUUGUCAUCCUAUUAGUUAAUAGUUCAAAAAAUAGUGACAACAAAUUUGUUCCACUUUCCUCCAAGGCUUCUGUGAAAAAUAAUUGUCCUGUCUUGGAUAAGAACAAUGGUUUAGCAGAUGCAAUUGAAGCAACCAGUAUAAAUUUGGCAGCAAAGGACAAUGACAAUGACAAUGUCAACGACAACGACAAAAAGACGAGUGGUGAUGAGGAAGAAGAUGAGCUAACAAGAAAAGUUGAAUUAUUUAUUCAGAAGGUAAAUAGAAGUUGGAAAGCAGAGAAAUUGAGUGCAUAUAAAUAAAUAGAGAUGACAUGAACAAUUUUGCAAGUUUGUUUUUGGUUAGGCAGAGGAAUGUGGAAUGGAGAUUACCCUCACUUUCUUUAUUAUGUGGAUAUAUUACAUAUUGCAAAGUUCUCUUGUUUUCUGUCCUAACCAAUACAGAAGCAUGGAAAGCUAUUUUGUGUCAUUUCUUCUCAUUUCCCUCCUUCCUUUUCCUCUUUCCAGCUCUUUUUAGAUGUUUGAAGUAUCGAUUAUCAUUGUUGCCAAUGUAAUGCAGCACAUUCAAUUGCUAGAUGAUGUAAAAACCUGUUACAUUA